GGGUUCAUAUAAAGUAUUGGGGGUUGUUGGAUUUUAUCAAGUGGAAAAAUAAAUGUGGCUUUCCUUGAAGGACCAGCAUCAAUGAAUCAUGUCGAAAUGAAACAGCGACCCAUGUUUUGAUUUGUAAAAUUAAAUGAUUCUGCUGUUGUGAAUUUUGGUUUCGUUGCUGUUUCCGUGGUAGAAAUUUGUUAUGUGGAACUUAAAUGGUGCUUACCAGUUCUUUCGUUGUUUCAACUCGCUCUCUCAGCAUGCUAGUAGGCAUUGUCUUAUACAUAUUGCUCGUUUACAAUACCAUCUAUUACUUGCUAUAAAAUAUAAUGUAAUAUGUUUGUAUUGUUUCUAUUGUUAUGUCAGAUGGGUACAUUUGGUACAUUGAUUUCAGAGAUGAGGAGUGUUACAACUGGAGAUUCUAACGGUGGUUCAGUUGAAAUGGAGGGUUUCAAGCAACGUGUUGGUGAGAUAAUUUCAAAGGUUGAUAAGCUUGAGCAGAAAGUAAAUGAUAUAGAGGAUUUUUACUUGAGUGUAAAUAAAAAGCAAACAAAUAUGCCUAAAGUUAAUUCAGCUGCAAAGGAUAAAGAGAAGGAGAAGCAUGUUCCAAGUAUUAAAAAGCAACAGCAGGAUGCCUCACGUAGAGAAGUGGUUUCUACAAAAAGAAUGCAAGAUCUCAUGCGCCAGUUUGGCACAAUAUUACGCCAGAUCACACAACACAAGUGGGCUUGGCCUUUUAUGCACCCUGUGGAUGUAGAGGGUCUUGGUUUACAUGAUUAUUAUGAGGUCAUUGACAAACCCAUGGAUUUCAGUACCAUUAAGAAUCAAAUGGAAGCAAAGGAUGGUACUGGGUAUAAGCAUGUUCGGGAAAUAUGUGCUGAUGUGAGGUUGGUUUUCAAGAAUGCUAUGAAAUAUAAUGACGAAAGAAGUGAUGUUCAUGUGAUGGCAAAAACUUUAUUGGCCAAGUUUGAGGAAAAAUGGUUGCAACUUCUGCCUAAAGUUACCGAAGAGGAAACUAGACGAGAAGAGGAGGAAGCUGAAGCACAAUUAGCCAUCCAAGUUGCUCGAGAAGCAGCUCAUGCUAAAAUGGCUAGAGACUUAAGUAAUGAGCUGUAUGAAGUUGAUGUGCUUUUAGAAGAGCUACGGGAGAUGGUUGUUAAAAGAUGCAGAAAAAUGUCAACUGAAGAAAAGAGAAAACUUGGAGAAGCUCUCACCCGAUUGUCUCCUGAAUAUCUAAGCAAAGCAUUACAAAUUGUUGCUCAAAACAAUCCAGGCUUCCAAGCAACUGCAGAAGAGGUGGAUCUUGACAUGGACGCUCAGAGUGAAGCUACCUUGUGGAGGUUAAGAUAUUUUGUUAAGGAGGCUUUAGUAGUCCAGGGCAAGAAGAAUUCAGGAAGCAUAGGUAGCAAUGAAAACCAGAACAACAAACGAAAAAGAGAAUUAUAUGAUGCUAUUGCAAAAACAAAGAAGAGCAAGAAGCCUACUUGAAGUUCAGUUGUUGAUAAUAUGCUGUUUUUAGAUCGUCUUCAAGAAACAAAUAUAUGAACUCGAAGGUUUCUUGGAAAAUGGCCAAAGUUGUGUUGCUCACAUUAGUCUCUCAUGCUAACCACAGCCUUUUCAUGUGGCUCCUUUCAGCCAAAGAAAUCCUUGAGAUGUAACCCAGUUUUGAAGGUUUUUUUUUUUUUUUGGUUCUCCGAGACCCUCUUUGGUGGUGGUUUGCCAGUUAUAGAGGGAUCCAUCUACUCUCAUUUUCAGUGGUUAAAUAGAAUAGUAAGUUUUGUAGUUUCUCAGAUUAUGCUAAUUUGUUUGG